AUGAAUAACAAGAUAUUAACUAAUAAUUUAAAUCAGUUGGAACCAACAUUUAUGUACACUAAGAUAUUCAAGGAUAUUCUCCUUGAUAUGGAAUAUGAUAAACAAGCAAUCAAAGAGUUUGUUGAUUAUUGUCGAGAACAAAACUGUAUGGACUCACAAAUUAUCGAUCGAUUUGAGAAAGAAUAUCAUCCUGAAUCAGCCAUUUGGUGGUAUACUUACUCAUCCAAUAUCUAUGCUAUGGUCAAUUACGCUCUUCGCUCAAUGGAACCCAAUAUGAUUAUUAACAUGGGCUUUUUUAUUCGUGACCUUCAUCAACAAAUUCAAGAACUCCACCAACAACAGAUUAAUGGUUAUCAUGGUAAACCAUUCACAGUUUAUCGAGGGCAAGGUCUAUCCAAAACAAAUUUUGAAGAACUACAAAAAACAAAAGGUGGACUAAUGUCUUUCAAUAACUUUUUAUCCACUAGCAAAGAAAGAGACAUAUCCCUCAGAGAUGCCACUAGUACACUAGAAAAUGCAGAUAUGGUGGGUAUUCUUUUGAAGAUGUCUAUUGAUCCACGUCUUAAAUUAGUACCAUUCGUCUCGACUAAAGAGUCCGCCUAUUUUUCGGAACACGAUGACAUUCUUUUUUCAAUGCAUACGGUUUUUCGAGUGGGUGAGAUUCAACAAAUGGACAAUAAUAAUCAACUUUAUGAAGUUGAACUUGAAUUAAUAUCGGAUGAUGACGAGCAACUCCGAAUACUUACGACUCGAAUAAGAGAAGAAACUAGUGGCUAUACUGGAUGGCAACAGUUGAGUAGCUUACUGAGUAAAAUGGGUCAAUUUAAUAAAGCUGAACAACUUUGCAAAGUAUUAUUAGAGCAGACAUCUAGCUCAAGUGGAAAAACGAUUUACUACAACCAACUUGGUCUUAUCAGUUGGAAUCAAGGUAAUUAUGAAAAGGCUAUUUGGUAUUACGAACAAGGACUUGAAAUUUGGCAAAGAACGCCUGCUUCCAAUCAUACUGAUUUAGCUGCUUCUUACAACAACAUCAGCGCGGCCUACAACAAUCUGACUCAGUACCCAAAAGCACUUUCAUUCUAUGAAAAAGCACUCGAAAUACAACAAAAAACUCUUUCUUCAAUUCAUCCUGACAUGGCUGCUACGUACAACAAUAUCGGCGGAGUGUAUCACAAGAUGGGAGAGUACUCAAAAGCACUCUUAUUCUAUAAAAAAGCACUCGAAAUUCAACAAAAUAUUUUCCCUGCUAAUCAUCCGGAUUUAGCUGCUUCGUACAACAAUAUCGGUGGAGUGUAUCAUAAUAUUGGAGAGUACUCAAAAGCACUUUUGUUUCAUGAAAAGGCACUCGAAAAUCGACAACUAAUUCUCCCUGUCAAUCAUCCUGAUUUAGCUACUUCUUACAACAAUAUCGGUGCAGUGUAUCACAAAAUGGGAGAAUAUCCAAGAGCACUUUCGUUUUAUGGAGAAGCACUCACAAUUCGACAAGAAACUCUUUCUUCAAAUCAUCCUGAUUUGGCUGCAUCUUAUAACAACAUCGGUGGAGUGUAUCACAAAAUGGGACAGUACGCAAAAACACUUUCAUUCUUUGAAAAAGCGCUCGAAAUUCAACAAAAAACUCUUCCUUCACAUCAUGCUGAUAUAGCUAUUUCCUACAACAACAUCGGUGCGGUGUACAAUAACAUGGGAGAGUAUUCGAAUACACUUUUGUAUUAUGAAAAAGCACUGGAAAUUCAACAAAGAACUCUUGCUACAAAUCAUCCUGAUUUAGCUACUUCAUAUAACAACAUCGGUGCAGUGUACAGCAACAUGGGAGAGUACUCAAAAGCACUUUCGUUUCACGAAAAAGCACUUGAAAUCCGACAAAAAGUUCUCCCUGCAAAUCAUCCUCAUGUAGCUAUUUCCUAUAACAACAUCGGUGGAGUGUAUCACAAGAUUGGAGAGUACUCAAAAGCACUUUCAUUCUAUGAAAAAGCACUCAAAAUUCGGCAAAAGAGUCUUCUUUCAACUCAUCCUGAGAUGGCUACCUCCCACCACAAUAUUGGUGCAGUGUACACCAACAUGGGAGAGUACUCAAAAGCACUUUUGUUUCAUGAAAAAGCACUCGAAAAUCGACAACUAAUUCUCCCUGCCAAUCAUCCUGAUUUAGCUAUUUCGUACAACAACAUCGGCGGAGUGUACCACAAGAUGGGAGUGUACCCAAAAGCACUUUCAUCUCAUAAAAAAGCACUCGUAAUUCGACAAGAAACUCUUUCUUCAAAUCACCCAGACGUAGCUGCUUCCUACAACAACAUCGGUGGAGUGUAUCAUACCAUGGGAGAGUACCCGAAGGCGCUUUCAUUUUAUGAAAAGGCACUCGAAAUGCAACAAAAGACUCUUCCAGCAAAUCAUUCCGAUUUAGCUGCUUCUUACAACAACAUCGGUGGAGUAUAUCACAACAUGGGAGAGUACUCAAAAGCACUCUCAUUCUAUGAAAAAGCACUUGAAAUUCAACAAAAAAUUCUUCCUGCAAAUCAUCCCGAUUUAGCUACUUCCUACAACAACAUCGGUGGAGGGUAUCACAACAUGGGAGAGUACCCAAAAGCACUUUCAUUCUAUGAGAAAGCACUGCAAAUGCAACAUAGAACUCUUCCUUCAAGUCAUCCUGAUGUAGCUACUUCCUACAACAAUACUGGUGCGGUGUACAGCAACAUGGGAGAGUACUCAAAAGCACUUUUGUUUUAUGAAAAAGCACUCGAAAUUCAAGAAAAAACGCUUCCAUCAGAUCAUCCCGAUUUGGCUACUUUCUAUAACAAUAUCGGUGUAAUGUUCUACAGCAUCGAAGAGUGCUCGAAAGGGCUUUUGUUUUUUGAAAAAGCAUUCACAGUUUGGGAAAAAUGCCAUCCUUCAAAUAACAUUGACUUCGGGAAUUUCUGCAACUAUGUUGGUGGAGUGUAUCACAACAUGGGAGAAUAUUCAAAAGCACUUUCAUAUUAUGAACGUGCUCUGAAAAUAUGGCGAGUUGUAUUAUCUCCAACUCAUCCUUAUAUUAAAAAUCUGAAAGAGACGUUUGAACUUGUAAGACAAAGAAUUAUAAAACGUAUUUCGUAA